AGGCGACGCGAUACUUAAAGGGCCAGCGCCGUGUUGGCAGCCGUUCCUUAGAGGAGGGGGGGGUGGGCAGAGGCUUUCCGGGGUCCUCGCACCCGCCUCCUCUCGCUGCCGUGACAGGCGAGGCCUCGGCGACCCGGUCCAACCCAGCUUGGGGAGUCCUCGCCUAUGGCGGGGAUCAAACCAGCACGGCAGCUGCCUUCCCCUCCGCACCUGCCCCUGCCCGGCCGGGUGCGGCCCGGGGAGGGGGGCGGCCAAGGGGGCCGCCCGCGGCGGUUGGCCGCUGCAGGCGCGCGUAGCCCCCGUGCCGGCGCCGUGGGGUGCCGGCGGGGGUGGGGUGGUAUUCCCCUGGCCCUGGUGCGGCUCCGGUGGCAAUGCGGUCUCGGUAGAACCCGGCCCCGGGAGAGCGGGGGCUGGCGCGUCUUCGGCUGUGCUUCUCUCCCCCCGACGCCUCCCCUCUUAUUCAUAGAAAGCAGAUUCUGUUCGUGGCUGGCACUUGGGGCAGUGUGCGCGGUUCUGGCGUGAGAUGGUUUCUUCCUCUUCUUUUUUUUUUUGGUGUGACCUCAUUGUCUCUUGUCUCGGUUACGAGUAGAGGCUUCUUGACACCUAGAUGGAGGCUUCCUGAGUGUUUACACAGCCGCAAUUAGGAGCUUGAAACUUGACGUUGCCCAGAGGCCCUGCUUAUGAUGUGUGUAAACAAUAAUAAAUCAAGUGCUGGUUUUAUCCUGAAAUAUUGCCUCAAUUAGCCACAUGUCCCGAGUCUCCGCGGAGUAGUCGUUAGCUUUCCCUCAUUCCCACAACACCAGCUGUAUGGCCCAGAGUUCAUCAGUUGCAAAUAUAAGUAGUUAACACAUCUAUGUGAUACUUCACUCUAUAGAUUAUUGUGCUUUAAAACAAAAAUCUUAAAUAUUGUCCGUUGUCCUAAAUGGGAACGUAUAAUUUUAGAGGCAUGGUCUCAGUACUAAUAUUUUUUUAAUCUGCUGCUGCAGUUUGUGAGCCCUUUUUGUCAGUUUUGUCUAAGUAAAAGAUUAGUAUGGUUUUUAGAAGGAGAGGAGACUCUAGGUCUAGUACAAUACGCUUAUAAGCGGGUUUUUUUAAUGCCAUGCAGUGAAUUUUAUUUUAUUUUUAAUCACAUGCAGUGAAGAGCUGUCCAAACAAGAUUCUGUUUUGUCCUUGGCCCUAUCUGGAAUAUGAUGUGCGCAUUCUAUAUAAACAGAUCACAGAAUUAGGGAGCAGGGACAAUGUGUUCUUGUCUGUGGAUGUUGGAAAAUACUUGAGCGAGCAUCCUAUGGAGGCUAGCAGGAGGAUGUAGAUAAUUUUCAGUGUAUGCUAAAUGUCUCAUCUAAUUGCUUUUUUAAAAAGCUAAAAAAUUUUUAGUCUUUACAAAAAUAUGCACAUACAGUUACUUCAUAAUACUACUCCUGAUUUUAUUCUGGAGCGUGCACUGCACAAAGUUUCACCAGUGUAGGUUGUUUGACUAGGGGAAUUGUAACAAUUACAGUUUAAUAAAUUUAUGCACCUCGCUGUUCUCCGUACUGUGAAUAUGCUUACAGGUUGUUCCCUUUCCUUUGUGGCUUAUAAACUGUUUACAGUCUGCUCAUGCUAUGGGAUUAUAUCCCUUUAGUUAUGUAUGUGUAGUUAAAGUAAUAUAGGUUCUGCAGCUGGGUAAGUGCUGAAGUCUUGAGUCCUGGUUAGUCCCUGUUAGCUGCAUGUACAAAUUUAAUGGAUUAUGCUGAACUGGGGAACAAAUAGUUGUGAUUGUAGCAGAAAUCCAUCUAUGUAUUUCCAGAGUUAGUCACUGCUAGAAUAUCAAGCAACAGCAAAUGCAUUUUGAGUGCAUUUUCUGAAUGGUUCUGUGAAAUAAAAUUGCAGAAUUAUCCUUUUCUUAGUCUGUGUGUAGCCAUAUAUAAUCAUGACAUUAAAGUCUGCAAAAACUCAUCAGGAGAAAUCCCUAAACAUUUCACAUGUGUUCAGUUUGAAGAAACAGUUUUAUACUUCUUGGUAUGUCAUUGCUUUUAAUCUGUCCAAAAUAAGUAAUUCAGCUGUUUUUUUAAUGUAUGUUCUAUUUUUAGUUUAUUAAGUGUAUUGCGUAUUUUCCCUGUUGACUGUUACUGCUUUACAUAUUUUCUUGUAAUCUUAUUAUUAAAGUAUCCACAAGAAAACUUCAGUGUAGGUUCCACUAUGUUUUUUUAACAUAAGUUUCAGCUCAGUGGUGAAAGGCAUAGUGUCAUUUACUUUAUUUGCAGGGCAAAGAUAGGCUUUUAUUUUGUAUUUGGAAAUUUCACUUUGUCAUAUAAAAAGUUAAUCUAAUGUUAAGUAAUUUACAGCCUUGACUUCUGCUUGAUCUAGAUACAAUUUUAAAAAUUGGGAUUAUCUUUUGAAGAUUAAAAAUAAAGUUUAAAACUAAGUCCUUGCAGUCUUCAUAGAAUCAUAGAACAGUUUGGGUUGGAAGGGACCUUCAAAGCUCAUCUAGUCCAACCCCCCUGCCAUGAGCAGGAACAUCUUCAACUAGAUCAGGUUGCUCAGAGCCCCGACCAGCCUGGCCUGGAAUGUCUCCAGGGAUGGGGCAUCUACCACCUCUCUGGGCAACCUGGGCCCGUGUUUCACCACCCUCAUUGUAAAAAAUUUCUUCUUCAUGUCUAGCCUGAAUCUCCCCUCCUUUAGUUUAAAAUCAUCAUCCUUUGUCCUAUUGCAACAGGCCCUGCUAAAAAGUCUGCCCCCAUCUUUCUCAUAGGCCCCUUUUAAGUACUGAAAGGCCACAAUAAGGUCUUCCUGGAUCCUUCCCUUCUCCAGGCUGAACAGCCGCCACUCAGCCUGUCCUCACAGCAGAGCUGUCCAUGUUUUACCUGUACCUGAUGCUCCAGAGCUGGAGGCAGGAUUCCAGGCGGAGUCUCACCAGAGCAGAGCAGAGGGGCAGAAUCACCUCCCUCAACCUGCUGGCCACCCUCCUUUUGAUGAAGCCUAAGAUAUGAUUUGCCUUCUGAGUUGCAAACACAAAUUGCUGGAUCAUGUCUUCCAUUAGUACAACUGAAAGGAGUUUAGAAUAAAUGAAAUAUACAUGUUUAUUCUAAAUACUUCAGUCCUAUAAAAUGGAUAUGUCUUCUAGAAGCUGUACUUUUAUUUUUCAGAAUUUUGUUUUCAGCUGUGUUUUUCUCAUACGUUCCCCGUACUGUGAAUGCAGUGCUGUAAGACAAUGAUAAUAAUUCUGAUUGCUACCGCAGCAAGUUUAGAGUUGUUUAGGAGCAAUUCAGUUUCUUGGAAAAGAAUAACUUCUGCUGGUAUUAAGCCCUGUACUAAUGGCCAAGGGUGAACCAUCCUCAGGACCACUACUGUGAUAGUGGUUUUGGUUGUUCUGAUGGUUCUGUUAAUGUCCUGAAUGAAGCAAGAUGUAGUCCAAAUUGUAUUUCAGAGUAUUAUGUAGUGGUCUGGGAGCCAAAUGUUACCUCUGCAAAACUAACCCACUUGGGAAAGCUUACAAUAAAGUAGAUUAAUAUUUUUAUUUUGCUCUAAAUAAGACUAACUUAUUUCGUGUGUCUGUGAAAUUUAAAAUUCUGCAAAUGUUACUUUUCUCUUGCAGCGGGUUGCUCCAGUCUCACUUGUUAAAAAGAGUCUGUAGGCUUAUAAAUAAUAAGUCUCGGGCAGGGGAGUAUUUUACCACAGCUCAAUGCUGUACAAAAUGUAAACUUAUUGCUCUUCUAAGCAAGAGGAUUCCAAGAGCAAGGAAAAAUGCUGCUGAUAGAGUUUUUCCCAUUGCUUACUUGCUGCCAGAUGUUACCCAAGUAUUUUACCCAGACCUUUGUAACUCUCCCCAAGGUAAUUGAAUGCUUAAGUAUUCAUGUUUGUUAGCAAGUUCUUCACUUUGUUCAAUAAGAUUGUUUCAUGUCAUAACUGUAGAACAUGGAUAUCAUCAAAUGGAACUAGGAGUGGGGUAGAAAAUCAAGUAAUGACACCAAGAAUCAGAAAAUACCGAUCUUUGGUGUAAAUGGUGCACUGGCAUGUUUUUAUGAAGCUGGCAAAAGGCGCUAACUUGGUUACUCUGCCAGCAGCAUGGAGAUAACAAGUCAUGCAUGCUACUGAAGGACAAGAAGGAAGUCGGUGUUAGAAGUGGAAAUAAACUUUGGGUCUGUUUGUCAUCAUAUGCUUGCUUUUCAUUCAUAUGGACAUGCCUGUUUGUUUUUAAUAUAGCAACUAAGAGGAGACCUCAUGGCAGCUACAGCUUCCUCACAAGGGGAGGAGGAGGAGCAGGCACUGAUCUCUUCUCUUUAGUGACCAAUGACAGAACCUGAGGGAAUGUCAGGAAGAUGUGCCAGGGGAGGUUUAGGUUGCACAUGGGGAAAAGGUUCUUCCCCCAGAGGGUGAUGGAGCACUGGAACAGGCUCCCCAGGGAGGUGUCACUGCCCCAAGCCUGACAGUGUUCAAGAAGAGACUGGACAAGCCCUCAGACACAUGGUGUGAACUGUGGGGUUGUCCUGUGCAGGGACAGGAGUUGGACUCGUUGAUCCUUGUGGGUCCCUUCCAACUCAGGACAUUCUGAUUCUAACUACUCCAGUCAUUUUUUUUUUCCUACAUGUGUGUAUGAAAAAUCUAUUUUCUGUUAAGCAGGUCAUUUAAGUACAUAGACAGUCAAAAGGUGGUUUUUGAAAAUGGGUACUAACUGACUGUGAUGAUCAUGUAUUGUGUCUUAGCCUGCCCUACCAUGGGUCUGUAACUGUCAUCUGCUGCAGAUGACAGUAAAUUCAAAUGAAAGAGUAGAAUAUGAUGGCUUACUGCUGGUGUACUGAAAGAGUGAUCAAUUUUUUUAGACCACCAAAUUCCAGUUUAUAUUUUAUGUGUGUCUUUUUGGAAUUGGCUGUUUUUUUUUUCUUGAGGACAGAGGAAGCUAGGAAAUAUGUCUGUAUUUCACAUCCUGCUUUUUUCAAAUUACAUAGUGAACAAAACAAAGGGAAAAGGAUAUUAUAAUACUUAUUACUGAAAAAUGAAGUUCAAGUCUUUCAUAUUAAAAGGAAACAGAGGCAAUUAUAAACCAGAAAUUGGAGCAUUACACAUGUGUAACACGCCUAGAGAAUAGGAGAAUGAAAAUAUGUGUGUUGUGUUGUAUGCUUUAUAACUAAAGGACUUGAACUUCUAGGUAAGCCUAUGAUCACUUAAUUUAUAUGUUUUCUAGCCCAUUUUUGUAUGUUAUAGGCUGUGAUAAUAGCCAUGCCAAGAGUAAGGUUACCUGAUUAUUCUUUUUUUUUUUUUUUUUGAGAUGUUGUUUUCACUAGCUUCUUUCUUAGUCAUACUGAAAAUUGCUGUGAUGAGUAUGUUUGAGCAGAGUUAUUCUGGAAACUUUAAGCUAAAAUAUCUCAGAUUUUUUAAAUUACUUUAAGAGACAGUAAAUAUGUUAAUUUAAAGCAGAGGGGAAAUGGUUGUUUGGCUUAAGUGCCUAUCAACACUUGAGUUCUGGAAUUUGGCACUGCGGAGGAGAAAGGGGAAGAGAGUGUAAACAUUCAUACAGAGCAUAUGGCUGUUCCUUGAGAAACUUCAACGAAUUUUAAGCUCUUGAAAAACUGGUUCAUGCAUGUUAGUUGGCAAAUAUUUAUUGACUAAGUAUCUGAAUAUUCUAUGUAACACGAGUGUCUUCCUGUCUAUUGGUCCUUGCAUGUCACCUGACUGUGUAGUCAUCAUCUGGACCACGUAGUUCAGCAUAAUGUAUCCCCACAGCAGUAGGUGAUGGGUAGGUUUAGUCCUAAAUAGUCUGUCUUUAUUUGUGCUUCUCUCCCAACCCCAGAAUACUUAGGCAGCAGUUGUACUCAUGGAGGGAUAAAGGCUGGUGUUUGGGGAGAGAUGGGGAACAGAGGUUGAAGCUUGGUUGAAAUGCAGUAGGCCCAGAAACCUAAGAAGGAUGGUACUCGCAAAAUUACGAAUGGUCAGAAGUGGGGGGAACAAGAGAGGGCAAGAGGUGAGAAAGAGGACAAGCUGUACAUUGGUGUGGCAGGAACAACAGGGAGAGGUAGUACUAGACUGUAAAGCAGAAAGAACAUGGCUAGAAAAGUAAGGGGGCCUAAAGAGCUCUUCUCCAACAGUUGUCUAGAACACGGCACGUCUUCCUUGGAAAAGCUAAUUGAUAAAAGAAAGUAGCAAUUCAUUUUAGGGCCUAAACUUAGUAGCAAAACGAUGUUCAUGUUCCACCAAGUGACAGACUCAAAAGAGGGAAGAUUCUACAAAAGUUACUGACCGGCAUUGGAUUUGACAGACGGUUGCAGGACCAGGAUUUGUGUAACUUUAGUUUUUUCAGCUAGUCCAAGUUAAUGCUUAGUUCAUUGACAAGCUCAUUAUUUCUGAAACCAUAAGGGACAUAAAAAUGAAAUAAUUGACAACAGAAGAUCUUAAUCUUGAUGAAGUAUUCAAAUGCCAAAAAUGUGUUGAGGGGAUUUUCUUAGGUAUUCAACAUCUUAAGUCCAUUUUAAAUGCAUUUAUUAGUUAAAUAAAACUCUUCUUCAUCCUUUAACUGUACGUCAGUAGCAUUAGGAAUUAAUUCUUUCAUAGAAAGAAUAAUGAGAAGCCUUUAUGUUUUUAUAAUAAAAAUGUUGGAAAACUUACAUAUGCUUAAUAAACUGCUUGUUAACAUUGUAAAGAAUUCAAUAGCAAUAAAGACAUAGUGAGAUUGCUGUUUUUUCUGUGUCUUCUUUAUGAAACCGCAAAGUAUAAACACAAAACAAGAUUAAUUUGAGUCAUAGUUUAUUGGGUGCUGAUACAGAUCAUGAUUAAAAUAGGAUUUCCUGUUGCUUUGGUUUAGUUUUCCUGAAAGGAUAUGAUAAAAUGUACAUCUCCAGAAGCAAGAGAUUCACUCCACAUUUCUAUGGAUAUUCUAAAAGCUUCAGUGGCAAAGGAAUGGAAUUGUGUCUAGUGCAUAUGCAAGCUUGUUUUUUAUCCAUGUGGGGAAUGCUGGGGAAAUGUGCAGGGUGGAGUUAUCUUUCUUUUUUUAAAUGAUAUUGUGUUUGAAAAAGUAAUUAAAUAUCAUUAAGUAGCAAAGUUGUACCAGAAUCGGUUCCAGCUGUGGAACUGCUGGUACACGUCCUCUGGUAUGUAAGGGGUUCUUGGUCUUUUUAAUGCAGUCCUCUUACCACAACAGCAGCAAGGCAGAUACUGUGCUGUCUUCUUGAUUUUUGCGGUCUAAAACGUUAUAAUGGCAGCACAUUGUGUAAAUACUGAGAGGAAAAAAAUACUUCUCUGUCUUGUGACAAGUAGAUAUGUGUGGGGAUUAAUUAUUUGUGUGCUAGGAUUCACAAGCAAAAAAUGUAAAAAGUCAGUUUGCAAUGUUAAGAAUACAGAAGAAAACAAAACAACCCCAAAGAAGCCUUCAUUUACUAUGUGAAUAUUAGGGAUGGAUGAGGGAGUGAUGGGAAAUAUUUUUUGCUCCCUCAUACCCUAAUCCCUUGCGAGUCUUGGAGCAAUUAAAGAAGGGAGGUUUCUGUUCCCCUGGUUUUGUUUUCCUUUUACCAAAAUUUCUCUUGAGUCGCCUUAAUCUCUUACUAUUACUUUAUAGUGCUAAUAAAGCAAGGUCAAAUAACAGUGUGAAAUUGGUAGGAGAAACUGAGAUGCUGCAGGAAGUUUCUUGAAUUUGAGGAUCUUUUAUUAGAAGAAUGAGGUUUUCAUUUUGCAGAAGGUAGGAGAGGAUUUCCUUCUGCAAUUCCAAGACCUAGUGGAGGAAGGAUACCUAGCGUACUGAUGUGACAUUAUUAUUUUAUUAUUAUAUUGGAUAGGGUUCCUCAUCUUUCUUUUCCUUGUUGUUGAGAAGCUCUGUGGUAAAUUGGGAAGUACAUGAACACGAAGCAUUGUUAUGCUUCCCAAGAAAUAUGCUGCUGUAAACACAAAAGAUGUAUGCAGAAUCAAGGAGCUGAAGUUCUUCAAAGGACCCAGAUGCCCUUAAUUCUGCUUUUGUUACUGUGCUUUGAGAAAUUUCUAUUGUCAUAUGCAUUGUUAAUAUCCAUUUUAUGUUACUGCAUAUGCAAUUUUAGCUUGUAAAGUGGCACAUUUAUUUAUACUGUUUAUUUUCAUAUUUUGUACCUGCAAAUAGGAGAAUUUCCAGAAUUCCUUUAAAAUACCAAAAGCAGAGUUUACACAAAGAGUGAAUUGAUAAAGGAAUGCAAAUCUGUUCAUGGAAUUGUUUGUUUGUCAUGCUGUGUGACAUUGUGUGGUGAUGCUUGGAGCGUAGUUUGUGAUAUAAAUACUUAGUAUGGCUUGUUAAGUUCUGAAAUGAGAUUAUAUGAAAAGAGGAUGCUAUGAAAGAUUAAUGGGACAACAAACAGUACAUCCAGUCUUGGAGAGGUCUUACUGAAUAAAGUUAGUGUUACAUAGUACAUAUGUUCAAAAUCCUACAGGCAAAGAAAGGUUGAUGAAGGCUGGCAGUGUAGCCUGUAUUUCUCAAGAAGCUCAACUUUAGUAGUUUUUCUCCUCUGUGUUGUACAUCAGUGGGAUUAACUCUGCUGGAACAAGAUAAUGUCUCCUUCAACCCACUGAAGGAAAGGGGAAUAUUUGUUCAUACUUAUGAUGAUGUGCCAUAACUGAUGUUUUAUUAACCAUGAUGGCAACACAGACAUUAAGUAUAGACAACUAUCAAGAUGGACAACAGAUGCAAGUAGUAACAGAGUUAAAAACUGAACAAGAUCCCAACUGCUCUGAAACUGAUGCAGAAGGGGUGAGUCCUGCCCCUGUAGAAUCUCAGACUCCAAUGGAUGCAGAUAAGCAGGCCAUUUACAGGCAUCCACUAUUUCCCUUGUUAGCACUAUUAUUUGAAAAAUGUGAACAAUCCACACAAGGCUCAGAAGGCACAACUUCUGCUAGUUUUGAUGUAGAUAUUGAAAAUUUUGUAAGGAAGCAGGAGAAAGAAGGAAAACCCUUUUUCUGUGAAGAUCCAGAAACUGAUAAUUUGAUGGUAAAAGCAAUCCAAGUUCUACGAAUCCAUCUUCUUGAGCUAGAAAAGGUUAAUGAACUCUGCAAAGAUUUCUGUAGUCGUUAUAUUGCCUGCCUGAAGACAAAAAUGAAUAGUGAAACUCUCUUAAGUGGAGAACCUGGAAGUCCUUAUUCACCUGUGCAAUCUCAGCAAAUUCCAAGUGCCAUUGCAGGCACACUCAGUCCCCAAGGGAUUAUGGUGCCAGCAUCAGCAUUGCAGCAGGGAAAUGUAACUAUGGCAACAGUAGCAGGGGGGACAGUGUAUCAGCCUGUCACUGUGGUCACUCCACAAGGUCAAGUGGUGACACAAGCACUGUCACCUGGGACUAUUCGAAUCCAGAACUCUCAGCUUCAGUUGCAAUUAAACCAAGAUCUAGGCAUCUUGCAUCAAGAUGAUGGCUCAUCAAAAAAUAAAAGAGGAGUUCUUCCCAAGCACGCUACAAAUGUGAUGAGAUCUUGGCUAUUUCAGCACAUAGGGCAUCCGUAUCCAACAGAGGAUGAGAAGAAACAGAUUGCAGCACAAACAAAUCUGACACUACUCCAGGUUAACAACUGGUUUAUCAAUGCUAGAAGGCGAAUUCUUCAGCCAAUGCUGGAUUCCAGUUGUUCUGAAACCCCCAAAACAAAGAAGAAAACAGCUCAGAACCGACCGGUUCAGAGGUUCUGGCCUGACUCUAUUGCCUCAGGAGUUGCUCAGCAGCAAUCUAAUGAGCUCACGAUGUCAGAUGGUGCUGUUGUAACAAUUACAGCUCCGGUCAACAUGAAUGUAGACAGUCUCCAGUCCUUGUCAUCUGAUGGUGCUACUUUGGCUGUUCAGCAAGUUAUGAUGGCAGGGCAAAGUGAGGAUGAGUCUGUAGACAGCGGUGAAGAUGACGGAGGAGAUCUCUCAACAACAAAUAUCAGCGGGCUGGUCUUGGAUAACAGCGAUUCUCUGCAGUAGGAAGCAAGAGAGUGUGACAAAAUGUUUAGGAAAAAGAAUGGACUGACUGACUGACUUUUUAUAGUUUGCACAGCAAACAUUUUACACAAGUUUUAUUUCUAAUAUGUUUUAUAUGUAGAUAUAGAAGGGUGCACUUUUUGUAUUUCAUAGUAAGCUUAAAGAGUGUUUUUGCAGGUGCAGCAACUUCUUUCAAAUGUGUUAUUUCUUUUCCUUUUCUUAUUUCAGAAAAGUAUAUCUAGUAAUAUAAAGAACCACGUAAGCACCCCUUUGUUCUAUGAAUUGGAAGUGCUGCAGUUUCUAAAGAAUUAUGCAGUUUUCAAUUAGUGCUGUUAUUUAACACAGCUCUUGAUGGGCAGGUGAUGUAAAUUUAAAGCAUGUGACACUAGUGUGUGGAACUUGAUCAUUAAGUUAGAUGCAUAUAUUUGAAAGAUGCUUCUGCACCUUAAAAACUGCUAGUCUGAGGUGGACAGCAACACACAUAAAAGGAAAAUGUUGAUGUGUGAUUCAGUAGCGAAUGUAUGGCAAUUUAAAUAAGUUUAGUUUCUCUCAUAGUCCAUGAGCCUGUUUAUCAUUUGCUAUAAAAACUCCUAUUUUUACCUUGCCGGGGUUAUUGGAUAAAAAAUAUUUUUAUAAAUUCUCUAGGAAUUGGGAUGACAACUGUAUUAAGCAGGAAGGAAAAAAAAAGGAAUUUCCAGAGGGGAAAAAUAAAUAUUUAGUAUUCCUAUUUGGAAGGUCUGAAAACUGACAAAAUUUAAUAAACAAGCCUACACUAGCAUUCUAUGAUUCUCAGCUAUCCCACAGUAAUAUACUAUAUUUGAUAAUAGCAUAAGAAGGGCCCACUGUUUGAUGGGGUUUUGAUAUUGUCAAACAUUGAUUUAUAUUAUGUGUAAACUAAUAUUCAAAUUACAUUAACUCUGUAUCUAGACUUGUAUCUGAAGAUAUUUGCUAAAUGAGUAUUCAGGUAAGUAAAUUCAAGUACCCACAACUUUUCCAGUUAUUAGAGAAAUGUAACAGUUUCUAGUUUGUACAACUGAAUCUGAGAAAUGAGAAGUUGCCUACUCUACAGUCAUGAAUUCUGCUAUCACUCUGCUAUUUUAUUGCAUUUGAAAUAUUUUCCCCUAAUACAAAAAGAAAUCUAACUUACGGAUUUAUAUAAAAUUUCUUCAAAUCUGAAGGUUACUACUAGAAUAUACAGCAGGCUUUAUUAGAGUAGAAAAUCCUUGUGUGUCAUUUAAAAACUAAGAGCUAGUGAUGAAAAUGUGCUUUUUUUGUGGUAACAGUUAAUUUCUUUUUUCCUAAAGUUUGGAGUCUGUGUCUGUCUGUCCAUGAACACUUACUUUUGGAAGUUUGUAUUUCCCGCUGUUAAGUACAAAUAACAGACUCCAAGAUUCUCGAGGUUUGAUCAACAUCCUCUUCUCCCCCUGUCCAUUUGUCACAGUGUCGGGUCAGAUCAAAGCCAGAACUUCGUCCUCAUUUAGACCGUAUCUAGUCAUGUUUCUAACGUGACAAGGAUAAAGGUGUUAGCUUUUAGAAUCCUUAGACAUUGUAUUUGAACAAAGCCCUUUGACAGAUGCAAGUAUUUAAUUGACUACUUCAUUUCUGCUUCGCAAAACACUCAGGCAUGUGCUUAGGUCGUGUGGAUUUCAGUAAGAUUAACACAUGUACUUUUUGACAUGCUUAAAUGGUUGCACACUGGUCUUUAAAGAUUGUCUUCCAAGGCAAGUAUAAGGUGGUGUGAAGAGAAACUUCAGGAAGAAAUCUCAGUAGCAUUGGCAUACAUACAUGGAGAAUAAUACUAGUUUUCAAUUACUAGUAGCCAUUUUGAAAAAUUGGUGUUGCAUUUUACUCAACACGGGCAAUGUUUCUGCUGUGGCUUUCGCUUACUCUUGGCUGAGGAUCUUGCUGUUGAGUUGCAAUACUCUAAUGAUCCCUUCUGCUGGAGUGGUAAUUUCUAAAGGAUUUGUUUCCUUCUAACUUUUCUGCUUUGCCACUAAUGUGUCACGUUUGUUAAAGAGCACAGUAAAUGAAUAAUGAAAGAUUUGAUUAGUAAGGCCUUGACGUGGUGUAACUAUAUCAAAGGCUAUUGUCAAAUCCAGUUAGACCCAAAAACUUUUAAGACAUAUAUCAUGUAUAAGUCAUGCUCCUUUGGAAACAUUCAACCUACUGCUCCUACAAAGGAUACCUGAGAUGACUAGAACAGAGACAGAGUCUGUCUUUUUAUUUGUAGUUGUUUUCAAUUUAACGCCAUAAAUGUUUUGUCACCCCCACAGUUUCUGUUACAUAGCAGGUUAUAUUUGUCAUUUUGUUUGGGGUUUUUAUUCAGCUACCCUUACUCAUACUUAAUCCUUGUACCUCUAGCGCUUAGGCAGAUGGAUACUCUACUUCUGAGUGUGUACAGGCCUAUGGACAAAUACGGGCUUUUCCAAAUCAGCCUUUGCUGGAGGAACAGGCUGUUUCUCACCAUCUCCUUUCCCUCCCUGACCAGGUGUUGCUGCCUCAGAUCUACCAGCAGAGCUUUCCCCAGCCCCCUUGCAGGUAGCCAGGGAAGCAGCUCAGCCGGCAGAGCUGUUGGGGUAGGUAGCAAGGAGCCGGCAGUGAAGGGAAGGGUAAAUCAAAAUAGGCAAAACUUCUAUGGUUUGAAGAUAAUGUGGAAAUGGCCAUUUUCCCACACUUCAAAAACCAGGAGAACUGAGAUCUUAAAAAGAGGGUAUUAAAACCCUGUAAUAUCUAUACAGCUGGCUGGAAGGGGGUUCCUUCAGGAACAUGUAGUUUAUGUGCCACUUGGAACUCAGUUGGAAACAACCAGGCGUCAGGGUUUGCAAGCUUCUGAAAGUUUAUUUUUCAGAAAGAAACCGUUAUCUGGUUAGCUUUUUUAUUCCCUGUACCUUAUAUGCACCAGAAGUUUUAUUCUUCUGAAAUAUUUGUGACCUUGUCUUCAGCUCGUUUAUCAAUACUUGGAAAAUGAAGCUGACAGAAUCUACUGUGAAGAGGGGAAUGGUGGAAUAGUUUUACUGUCGAAUUAGAAACAUAAAAACAUAGGGACAUGAAUUCCUAAAACUGAAAAGGCUUUACCAAUGUAAUCAAAGCUAUUGCUUAAUAUAUGGAACUCAAACUGUCUUUUAAUUCAGUGAGAAUUCUGUAGUGGGUAUGAACUGCACAGAAGUGCUUGUUCUUCUUACCUUUGGGGUUUUUUUUGUGCUUUGUUUUUGUUUUUUGUUUUUUUUUUUGUUUGGUUGGUUUGUUUGUUUUUAAAAAAGAAAUAAUGUUCUUCCUAUUUUGCUGUAUAAGAAAGAUUUCUGGUUUAAGCAAAACACGACUGUUCAGGAAAGGUACAUGUUUACUUUUGUUUAAAAACUCUUUACAGGGGACCUAACUUUAAACCCGUGUGUAAUUCAAUCCUACUGGGAAUUGAAGUCAUAUUCAUAUACAAUAGAACUAAUUUGUUUUUAAAAUCAGCGUAAUUCUUCUGCAGUUAUGAUUAUUGAAACUUCUAAUAUUUUUUUCAACAUAAUCUAGCUCAUUAACCCCAAGCAGGGUUCUCAGUCCAAUUUUUCCAAAAUUUCUAUAACGGGCAAGGCAAUUUCCUGUUGUUUUUUUACUAAAAUGCAAUGUUUCUAAAGUUAAAUCAAUUCCAAAUUGAUCAGGAUAUGUUUUUAAAUAACUGUUCUAAAGAAAUAGUCAUAUUGGAGAACAUUUAGAGCCAACAGGCUCUGGCUCUGCAGAGUUUCCUUGGUCUGGAUAUUGGGUCAAAGUGGAGUCCUGCUGACCGCCUGGCAGCUCCGUAAGGCUGCGUGUCAGGCUGCGUUUACCUGCAAGAGAAUUGGUUCCUUCUUCUGGUCCCUGAUCACUGUUAGGAACAUUUUGCAGAGCCCUGCACCUUUACCUUGCCUGCAUACCUAGAUUUUCUUCUGGUGGAAAACCAGGCUAUGGUUGAAUGGCUUAGAAAGGCAGGAAUUCUUGUUCUGGUGAGCACCACGUAUCAUUUUGAUGUUCAAAACGUGGCCAGAACGCAGACCUACACUGAGGAACUGGAGUUCCCGGUUCUUGUGCUUUAAAAUUAGCAUCAGGUUUAUGGAUAGUCUAGCGGAGUAAGGGCCACAAAGACUUAGUGCAUGAACAACAUCUAUUUGUUUCUCUAAUCACAUGGAAAAACAAGGUAGUUCAGCUUCUUGAUUGUAUGAACUUGACAACCCAAAGGAAGAUACAAAGCCUUUCCAAGGGAUGGUACGUUCAUAAAACCAUUAGACUUGUGGCACUUAAACAUACAAACAGACAACACACCAAAGCACCCUGGUAGUUUGAAAAACUGGAAGACAUGCAUUUAAUGGUAAUGAAAAUUGAUUUAAGAUUUAUUUUCUGAUGCUGAGUUGUCUUGGGAGAAAAAAAUGAAUAAGCAUUUGUCUAUGCAAGACAUAAAUGUCAAAAAUGUGUGAAUUACCCAUUUUUAGGUGCUGUAUUGUUAUUAUCUGAUUCCUGUUACAUUGAUUAGUAUUUUGAACCUUACAGCCUUAUAUUCAGCUUAGUUUUUAGAGUUGAAUAGGUAAAAUGUAGUUUUGAAGUCCUGUUGGAAAUGUAACUAACAUUCAUUCCUUCAUGAAAAUCUUGCAUGUUAAACAAGGAAAUGUUUCCGUUCCCUAAUCAUAUAUUGAAACUCUCACCACCUCCUAAAACCAGAGCAUAUCCGUGAAAAUGCUGAUUUAAUUGUAGUGUGCAAAUGAUCAAAUCAUCAGCUUCGUGCUGAAUACACUUUGCUCUUUACUGUUCAUUGUAGCUGAAUAGUAAAAGCACAUUGGUUUUGCCGAACUCGGUGUGGGUUCCUCCCCCAUCCCACCCCUGACCUUGGCUUGCUAAGCUCCUUCAGAUUGGUUUGGGGCUGUUUAAUUUUUAAGUCCUGAAGUAACUUGAUCAUCCAGUGUAAAGUGUAGUGAAAUUGGCACUAAUGUGCUUUUAAGUGGUUGCCCAGAUCAUGUUAUUUGUUCAUUCCUGUCACCUGGAAAUAGAAAAAUCUGUUCCUCUUCUGUGACUUCAGCUCUCUAGGACCUGCUGAGUGGUCGCAGGUGUUUUUUGCCAGAGAAAGGCAAGGUGAGAGAAAGCAGUGGAAUGCCUUACCAGCCUUGGAGACUGACAGAAAUCGCCCAUAAAUGUUUCCAUUAAUUAGCAACGUUUGACUAUACAGUUGACAAUCUUUAAAAUGUGAACCCUGUAACUUUUUUUUUCCUUGAUUGUUAAGGGAUUUUGAAGGAACUGAUCUAUCAAGGGAUAAACUUAAAAAUGAGAGUAUGCUUCAUGGAUGAUUUAUUUUUACACUACUGUUCUCUGUGAACUGAAAAAGCACAUUUUUAAAGCAAAGCAUUUGCAUUACUUUAACAUUAAAAGUAUUGUUUGGCUGAAAGAAAAAUUUGUUUUCAAGAUGUCAUGAGCACAGUUUCAAAUGAGUUAAGCAGUUCUUGGCCAGGAACAAUCUUUGGCCUUUUUAUUUGUUUGGGUUUUCUUAUUUAUGCAAAUGAAGAAAAAUGUUUACUAGUUCUUACCCGUAUGGGGAUUUUUAUUACGCUUUUGUAAUGCAGGAGCAGCUUCGAUAAAAGCAUUAGCAGGCAAAUAGUCCACAAUGUGUAUGACUUUGGGGUUCUUUUUGUUGUUGUUUCAAAAUUGUUAAUUAAAAUGGCAUGGACAUCAAACUUUCAAUAA